AUGCAUAUUAUCAAGCCUGUUUGGCUGACGCAUGGGGGUGAACGGAAAGAUUUCGAGGUCUACAGCUGCGAUGUUUCGCCGGAUGGGAAGAGACUUGUUACAGCUGCUGGAGAUGGCCAUGUUCGUAUCUGGUCAACAGACGCAAUCUACAAUGUCGCUGACCCUGCCUCUGCGAAAAAACCACGCCAGCUGGCAUCCAUGAGUAAUCAUUCCGGGACCAUUCAUGCCGUGCGAUUCUCGCCAAAUGGCAGAUACGUUGCGUCUGGGGCGGAUGAUAAGAUUGUUUGUAUCUAUGUGCUAGAAUCAAAUCCGCCAUCGCAUGCGUCGAGCUUUGGCACAAAUGAACCGCCUCCAGUUGAGAACUGGCGAACAAUACGCAGAUUGAUCGGUCACGAUAACGAUGUCCAAGAUCUUGGCUGGUCGUAUGAUUCUUCCAUUCUUGUCUCCGUUGGCUUGGACUCGAAGGUUGUGGUAUGGUCAGGCCAUACCUUUGAGAAGUUGAAGACGAUCUCCAACCACCAGAGUCACGUCAAAGGCAUUACCUUUGAUCCGGCGAACAAGUACUUUGCUACAGCAGGUGAUGAUAGGACUGUGCGGAUAUUCCGCUUCACACCACCAACCCCGAACUCAACGGCCCACGAUCAGAUGAAUAACUUCGUUCUGGAGCAAACGAUAUCCGCGCCGUUUGUCAACUCGCCCCUUACUACGUAUUUUAGGAGAUGUUCUUGGUCGCCCGACGGUAACCAUAUCGCUGCUGCCAAUGCUGUUAAUGGACCCGUCAGCUCCGUCGCGAUAGUUAACCGUGGAUCUUGGGAUGGGGAUAUCAAUUUAAUCGGCCAUGAGGGCCCUAUUGAAGUUUGCGCGUUUUCACCUCGGUUAUACGAUUCACAGCCUACCAGUAGACCCCCUGUUGAUAAACAGGGCCAUCCGAUGCAUUCGCUGGUUACCGUCAUUGCCUGCGCUGGCGCGGAUAAAUCCCUCAGUAUAUGGAUCACAAGCAACCCACGACCAGUCGUAGUCACACAGGACCUAGCCGCCAAAGCCAUCUCAGACCUGUCUUGGUCGCCAGAUGGCAAAUCGUUAUUUGUGACAGCUCUGGACGGUACGAUCCUUUGUGUCCGAUUUGAAAACAACGAACUGGGAAAGCCUAUGCCCUUAGAAGAGAAUGAAAAGUCACUUACGAAAUUCGGCACGAAUAGAAGGGGUGCUGGCAUCGUCGAGUCUACUAAUGGCUUGUUACUAGAGGAAAAGAGCAAGGCUGGUGAGAUUAAGGGAGUCGAAGGCCGUAUGGGUGCUUUGAUGGGAGAUGGCCAUGUUUCUACUGAUCGGGGUGCCAAUAGCGCGUCGGUCAAUCUGCCUUCUAAUGCGACGACUCCUGCUGGAGCUUCUACGCCAAUUGGUGGUGGUACUAACGUUGCCCAGAAAGGCCAACCUAAUGGGCCUGUGAACGGGACCAGUGAGGAGCAAGAUAAGCCGGACCCGUAUGCGGCCAAACUCGAGAGGCUCAAACAAAGACCUACCUAUACCAAGGAUGGGAAAAAGCGCAUUCAACCUCUCCUUGUCUCGGGUGCAGGCGGUGCGGAGUCGUCCCUCCCCCAAUCACGGUUGGUGGCUACGGCGAUGAACACUAGCGUAAGACCUGACGGCCCGGACUCAAUACUAGAUCUCUCAAAACCAUUUGACGCCCUGCCGAAAGGCGGUCUAGCGGCUCUACUAUUUGGGAAUAAGCGAAAAUUUGCACAGAUUGAAGGGGCGGAUGAGGAGGUGUCUGUCGAGAAGAGAGUUGCAUUGGCUUCGGAAAAUGGAUCUGUGCCCAUUCUGGCAAAUGCGACUGAAGGUCUGCGACCUGCGCAGCCUGGAGAUGCUCAAGGAGGGCCUCGACCGACUCCAGAGUUUAUCAGGCCCGCUGUGGUUAAUCCGUGUAUGGCGAUUAGCCAACUACGGUUAGCUGUGCCAAAGAUCAGAAGCCAUAUUUUGCAAGCGAUAGAUUCGUCAGGAAACCCUACUACUUUAGCAGAUACAACGGCAGCAACGGGGGCGGGGGGGAACUCAGGAGCCCCGCCAAGGCCUAAAGCAGAUAUCAUUUUCGAAGCUCGUAACCCUCCUGCCUCUUCCGGCCGUCAUAUAGAUCGGGAACCAGUACGGAUUACUCUUACGCGCGGAGAUCAACCACUGUGGCAGGAUUUCAUCCCAAAAACAGUUCUUCUCGUCACAGGCAACCGCAAAUUAUGGUCUGCAGCAUCGGAGGAUGGAUCAGUAUAUAUCUGGACGCCAGCAGGACGUCGACUGCUCAAUGCUCUGGUCUUGGAGGCCCAACCUGUGAUUCUGGAAUGUAACGGGCCAUGGGUUCUCUGCAUAAAUGCGGUGGGCAUGUGCUACGUGUGGAACGUGACUACGUUGUCCUCUCCUCACCCACCAAUCUCCCUCGCUCCAAUCCUGGACGCAGCAGUUCACACCCUAGGCCCCAACGCUACCCCUGCACCCGCAAUUAAUGCUGCUCGAUUAAACUCCGAAGGUCGCAUAAUCGUCACACUCUCCAACGGAGACGGCUACAGCUACUCCCCUGCCCUAUAUACCUGGCAAAGGAUGUCCGAGGGCUGGUGGGCCGUUGGCAGCCAGUACUGGAACACUAAAGACUCGUCCAUCGGGAACCUGCAGUCUAUCUCCGCUUCUUCUCCCUCAUCUGCUGCUGCGAUUGCUCCUAGUAGUCGACAGGACGGUGAAACUCGAACAACACCGGUGUCAGCAGGCGUGAUCCCCUUCCUCGAACGUAACACCACAGACGAGGCACUCGUGCGAGGUCGUGGGUUCUUCCUACAGCGUUUGAUUAAGGCACUUCUCUCCCGCGAGGGAUUCGAGGGCUUUGAGGCUGGCGUCUCUGUUGCCCAUCUAGAAAACCGUGUUGCCGCCGCACUCGCCCUUGGCGCCAAGGAGGAGUUCCGCCUUUAUCUUUCCAUGUAUGCAAAACGGCUCGGGGCUGAGGGAGCGAAAAUGAAAGCGGAAGAGUUACUGGAAGGGCUUCUUGGCGGCAUUUUUGAGGAUUGCGCGAAUGAGGUUGAUGAGGAUAGCUGUUAUACUAACGGUGUUGCGAGGAGGAUGGAGGGAGGAGCGGUGAAGUCUAAGGAGUUAUCAUUAGCUCAGGGUAGUAAGGAAGAAUCCGGACCUGGUACCUGGGGCAACGGUUCGGAUAAGCUUUGCGGAUGGCCAAGGAGGACGCUGUUGAACGAGGUUGUCUUAGCUUUAGGUAAGCAUCGAGACCUUCAACGUGUCACCGUCCCGUAUGCCCAACUUCUUGGGAUUCUGGAUGGCGAUCAGGAUCAAGAAGGAGAUCAGACCCAGGAUCAAGAUCAGGACAUGGAUCGAAGUGGGGAAGAUGUGAUGGUCACGUAA